AUGUUCUUUGGUCAGACUUUCUCCAACAUCUCCAAAGGAACCGCCAAAAAGGCAGGGCCUUCCUUCUUUGACUCCUCAUAUCAUUUAAGAAACUACACCCAACUCGUGGUAGGCCCCGAACUUUUCACCUCCAAUACCUCGAAAAAUGGUCCGUUCAACGGCACCUAUAACAGAAACCAAAACCAAAGCAAUAGCCAGGGCCAUUUCCCUAACUAUUCCAACGGAUUAUAUUCAUACUACUCCACAUUGGCCUUGGACCCUUACACUUCCAGCUUAGCUUAUCACCACUUCAAUAACAACAAUAACAACAACUGUCCCGCUUCCGCCAACCGCAAUAUCGCCGCGUCGAGUCUAAAUCCAUACGCCAACAUCGACGAGGAAUUCAUCGCCGCCAACAACAGAAGUUCCAGAAAUGCCCUGGCUAAUCUCCAUAUGAUGGCUCCUCCAACCGGAGCAGUUGCUGCAGGCUCGGCAGUUGCUCUUGGGUUUGAUCACAAUAAUAAUAACAACCAUAACCAUAAUCAUAAUAAUUUGUUACUUGAUUCCACAAAGGACAAUAAUAUUUUAUACCACACCACCCUUCCCCAAGAACCAUCAUCAUCACUACAAAAACACCAGCCAAAAUUAUCGACACAAGCAGGAUCACCUUCAAAUCUCCUCAAGUUGGCAAUUGGCGGCAAGCGUAGCUACGCCACCGUCGUCGCCAAUUCCACCACCGCUCCAGAACAUUUCCUUAAAAAGAACCGUGUUGCCGAGCAAAAAAUCAAUGAUGAUGAAAUCCACAAAUCAUCCAUCAUCAACAAAUUCGUGCCCCAUCGUCCAGGUUACAAUGUGCAACUUAAGGCCCGCCACUUGCACCAACUUAAACAUGCCAUGGAUGAAGUUUUGGAAAACCAACAGGCUCGCAAUAUGUUGUCAGGGAUGAAAGACUGCAUUGCCAAAGAAAACAUUGUCGAAGUUUAUCCAUUCUACCAAGCCCUCCGUCGUAAUGAAUUACCUAUCCUGGUGCCGGUUUUCAACAUUGUCUUGUAUUGUGCCGCCAACCGUGAAGUCUCUGGGGGCGAAUCAAUCGAAGAAAAAUUGACCACCGUGUUGACCAUCUAUUCCGAUAUGGUAUCGCAAAAAUUGUGUCCUAAUAAUGAGACUUAUGAUAUUGUCUUGGGAUGUCUUUUCAACGGAGCUUUCGAUAGUUACAAAUUGUACCUAGAUCGUCAAAGUACUGAAUCAUCCCUCGAUGACGAUGGGGCAAUCAGCGUGAAAAAAGUUGACAGCGGGGAAAAUUAUUUCAAAUUAGGCAUGGAGAUUUUCUUAGCCGCCAAUUACAAAACUUUCCAAGCAUUAAGUCAACCGGUUUAUGAACUGUUGUUGGUUGGAUUAGCAAUGUUUGGUUACAAGAUGAAAGAUUCCGUGACUUUGAAGAAAUUGUUGAACGUGCUCAGCAAGCUGAAUUUUGAAAAGAACAAGCUUUAUUACAUGUCGCUAAUCAAGUACGGGUGUGACGUCGCGGUGAUUGAAAACAACACCCGUGAAGAGGUCAGUAAUCGUGAACUCGGUUACAAAUUCAUGUUGAAUGUCUACAAUGAGUACAAGGGAAGAUCGGUAAAUGAACCAGCUUUACUUAAAGCCCAAUAUGAUAUUUAUGCCGUGUUAAUGUACUCGUUAUGUGAAUUGAACCAGUUCUUCACCGCCACCAAGAUCCUUGAUGAUCUUUUGAUCUCGAUGCGCAGUGGUAACCACAAACUCAGUCAAAAGAACCAAACUGGAGGAUUGAACAAAGUAGUGAUGAUUUAUCUUAUUGGCCUUGUCGCCAACAAUAAAGCUGAUCGUCUGCGUGAGUUGUAUUCGAAAUUCGAGAAAGCCGGGGUGGUUUAUAAAAAUGAAUUGUCGGAUCAAUAUUUCAUCAAUUUAUUGAUCAACAAUUGUCACAGUGGUGAUUUACCAGCUGCCCAAGAAUUAUUCCAAGAACAUAUCAUGAAGAUUAUUGAUAAAUCUACCCUCCACUAUGAACAACAACAUCCAAUUAGCACCAAGGAGGGGAAAAGUCAACUAUUAUUUGAUUCCCUUAUCAAGAGUUCAAUGGGGGUUGGUCAAUUAGCCAAUUCGAUUUCCAAAGCCGUUGGGAGUUACUUGACUCUCAAUCUCCACCUCAACAAUACUAAAGAGAUUCUCCAAUUCAUAAACUUUGAUGAAAACCAUUUGAGCAAAACUUCGAAAACCCUUUUGACCCAUCUUGACGAAGACGGCGCUUAUCAUAUUGUUCAAUACCUUGUUAACCAUAAUUUCCCAGCCUUGCGGGUGAUGAGAGUGUUGGAUCACCUUGCCCACCACAAAGAUGAAACCUUCGAUGUGAAUCACUUGCUUGGUAAGUUAUGUAACGAUGUGAAAUUUGUCGAAUGGUGUAAUAAUGGCGAUAAUUGUGAUAUUCUCCUCCAGAGCCUGUUCUUACAUCGUUGUGAUGUUGAGUUUUCCGUGAAGAAGUACGUUGCCGAAUGUGAACGAAGCAAUAAUAUCAACUACAACAAAUACUUUGGGAUCAUGGUGGUAUGGUUUGCCUACUGGAGAAAAGCGGCAUUGAUCACCAAAGAACUGGGGCAACUACCAGUGAUAAACAAUGAAUUAUCGUUCUUGGCUGAAGAGUUUGAUAAUUUGGAUAACUAUUAUCUUCAAAAGAACAUUGAUCAAGAAUUGGCCGCCAAAGUGGGGACUAUUCAAGCCACUGGCCAGCCAAUGUCUGUGGAAGAAGAAGGGUUUUAUUCACAAUUGAAUGCCAUGGUGGAAUUCAAGAACCACGUUCUUGGAGGCCAAGGCCGUCUUAUGCAAGCAUAA